AUGAAGGUCCACUUUCUUUUUGCUGUUCUCCUUUGUUUGGUCCAAGUGAACUCAGGAGACGUUCCGCCUGGAAUUAGGAAUACUAUCUGCCUUAUGCAACAUGGGACCUGCAGACUUCUUUUCUGCCGUUCUGGUGAAAAAAAAGGUGACAUUUGCUCUGAUCCCUGGAACAGGUGCUGCAUACAAAAUAUAAGGGAAGAAGACAAAGAGAUAACAGAGAAGGAUGGCAGAUCUGGGAUCUAA